UUAGGAGAUAAAUCUGGGGCAGGUGUUCACUGGAAGUUUCUACCCUUGCUUCGUGAUUUUGCCGGUAUUGGACAAUAUAGUUGGGGAUCCGCAUGCCUAGCACACCUCUACAGGGCGUGAUGCAAGGCAUCUCGUUACAACUGUAAGAAAAUAGAUGGUCCAAUAACACUUCUGCUCUGUUGGGCUUGGAUGAGAAUGCCCUAUCUAUCGCCGCUUCCCAGGGAACUCAACAGUUUUCCAUUAGCCAACAGGUAAUCUUAUUUUACAAUCUACCUGUAUGUUUAUCUUUAAAAUUCAGUUUAGCUAAUUGAAUAUAUCAUAUUAGGUGGCGUAACUGGGAGCGUGGUGAUCGACAAUAUAGAUAUCAGAAUCUAGCUCAAUUUAGGAAGGCCUUUGAUGAACUCCAGGAAGGCCAGGUGUGUUUUAACCAAGGAAUUAUGAAGCAUUGUUAUUGUUAUUGGUAUUCUGGGUGGUAAUAAUGAGAUUCUUUUAUUUUUUCCAGUUCGUGUGGGUUGCCUAUGCUGUGGAUCGCGUGGAUCCAAACAUAAUUCCUCCUGAAAUCUUUGUCCAGUCGAUUGUAUGGACCGCUAUAGUUCCGUUGGUGUCCUUCGAAUGUAUCGAGUGGCAUGCUACCGAUAGGUAUAGGCGACAGUUCGGUUUCAUUCAAGGAGUUCCUCAGCAGGUUACGAACUUGGAGACGGCGCAUGGAGAAGUUCUGACUGGUCCUAAGAAUCUUAACUGGGCCACAACACCGAGUCAUUCAAAUUGGGUGAUGCAUUGGACAAACAGGUAUAACUAUGUUCUUUCUGAGCUUCCCAUGCCUUCACAGCAUCCAUUGGAAACUUACAUGUACUGGUACCGGUCAAAUUAUGGUCACCGCUUGAACUUGUCGAAUCUUGUGGGUGAAGACAGUGAUGAGGGUAAUGAGGAUAUCGAUGAGGGUAAUGAUGAUAUGGAUGAGGGUAAUCAGGAUAUGAAUGAGGAUAAUCAGGAUAUGGAUGAGGGUAAUCAGGAUAUGGAUGAUGACAAUGAGGAACUGGAACCACAGUCGCCGCCACCGUCCACUCCGAAUCCUCUUCCACAAGAACAACCUCAGUUCCCAAGCCAGUACGUUCCUCAGACACAGUUCAGCCCGUCAUUUCCAACACCUCAACAAUAUUGGGGUCUGUCACAGUUUGACCCAGGAGAAGGAGGUUCUUUUAGUCAACUGCUUGGGUUAAUGGCUGCAGAUUCAGAACAAUCACAGUAUGGCAACCAGACUGAGUUCCUGCCAGGUAGGUAUUCAUUGGAUGCGAGGCUCCCAUGCCAUACAUCAUCAGUCGCCUCUGGCGGGUUUGCAUCUGUUGACUCUAGUGGAAGUGUAGAUGGACGCGGAGUCUAUAAUAGUCAAAAUCCUAACCGUGUAUCCAUGGGACCUCUUCAAGAAGAUGCUAAUACACUAGAGCAAGAAACCAACGAGUAUCUAGCAGAUGACCCGGAUGAUGAGGACGAUAAUGAAGAGGAUGACAUAGAGGAGUUUGAUGAGGAUGAGGAAUCCCGCAAUGAUGGGCAGUCACAAACUCCGGAUGACAAAGGCAAAGGUUACAAUCUGAGGAUUGAUCCACCACGUCGUAGCGCUAGUCGCUACACUCCAUCUGUGUUCAAAAAGGCCGCAAAAAAUGCAAGAACUUGGUAAAGGAUGUCAGGUGGACAAUGAGAAAGUAGUUGUCCUGUGUGUAUCAAUCUUAUUUUUGUAUUUAUAAUGUGGAGUAUGGUAUGUUUAGAGCAUUUAUGUAUUUAUAAUGUGAACUAUGGUAUGUUUAGAGCAUUCAUGUAUUUAUAAUGUGGAGUAUGUUAUAUUUAGAGCAUUUAUGUAUUUAGAAUGUGGACUAUUGACUAUGUUUUACAGGAUGGUAUGUUUAGGGUAUUUAUGUAUUAGUUGAAGUUAAUGAAUCGAUUAUUUG